GCUUGACAAGCUUGAAGCACCAUCGGUCCUUGACACACAAUCAAGCGCUCCUAUGGUCGCGACACUAUUCGAUCCCUGAUGAAUCUGUUAUGUUUCGUACGUUUGGGACAGCUGUCAAUGACAUUCUCGGUACUGGAAAUGUCAAGACGGGUGACUCCGUCCUCUUGAACCAGACGCCUGUGGAGUUUUCAGUCAACUAUUUGUGAGGAGCAUGCAGCGAACACAGGAUUCGAGUUCCUAGUCUGCAUUCUUUAUCUUUACGAGUCCGAUUCAAAACCUUAGUAACUUCCUGCCCUAUUCGAACGACAAGUCUUCGUAUCAUAGUAAUCUCAAGGACAUCACUCGCACGAUGUAAUCAAUCUGCAGUCUUGAUACUACAUACCAUGCAGCUACCAGGUAUGCUCAAUGACUUGCUGUUCUUGCUGGCCAUGCUUCACUGCAGAACUCUCCGCCAAACUGUUCGUAUCCCAUUGAUGAUUGACUCGUCGUUCGGUUCGAAUUUAUGUCAUAGCCGUUCGUCAAGACCUGUUCCAGACUUUUCAAUUACAAGAGGUCACUGUCAAUAUUUAGUGUGCAGUACCGAUAAGUAUAUCAUCAAUGACAAGGCUUGAAAUCUAGAUUCAAGAGGGGAAGAGAUUGCCCCCGGCCCUUGAUUCGAAAGGUUUUGAAGGGUAUGUUUGAAUUGACGUAUUUUUGCCAAACCUUCAACGUGAAUGAUUGUUCGGUGAAAAACACUCAUCUUUGUCUGCUUGUGCCGGACCGCCCUCUACCCACCUGUUCUCUGGUGCAAAUGCAAGAUCGACUGCCAAUGGAAUGAAGUAACGCCUGGGGACCGUGACAGCACCCUUGAUAUUGCACGCUGAUAAUUUGUCUUGUACCGCGCACAGCUUUGUGAA